AUGUUGAAUGCAUCGUCAUCAUCAUCAUCCUAUUGGAAUUGGAGUUCGGCGAUAAUCAAUCGUUAUGUUCCGAUUCCAUUGUUAAUCAUAGGCACAUUUGGAAAUAUCCUGAAUAUUAUUAUUUUCACUCGAAAAACUCUACGAAAAAACUCCUGUGUUCAAUAUUUACUAUCAACAACAGUCGUCAGUCUCUUAGUGCUUUAUAUUGGUUUAAUAACUCGCUUCUUAAAUGGAUAUAAUCUUGAUUAUACAUCUUAUUUCUCAAUCUUAUGUAAAAUCCGAUAUUUUCUUACGUAUCUUUUACUUUAUUGUUCAUCUUGGUUCAUUACACUUGCAUGUUUUGAUCGAUAUUGUAGUUCAUCACUUUCGGCUUCUCUUCGAAAUCUUUGUAAUCAGAAAAUAGUUUAUCGAUCGAUCUACGUCGUGACUUUCGUUGGAUGUUUGAUCUAUGUUGAAGCAUUUUACUGUUUUAAUAACGGACAUGUCGACUCCGUUGGUUCGUGUUAUACAACUUCAACUGCGUGUCAAGUUGUUGAUGGACUUCUAUUAAUGAUCUUUUUUACAACAAUUCCCAUUUGUUUGAUGAUCAUUUUUAGUUAUUUAACUUUGAGAAAUCGCCGACGAAGUCGUAGACAAGUGGCAACAACAAAUCAAUCUCCAAGUGAAUCAAUUCCAAGAACCCAAGUUCGAAAACAAGAUUUACAAAUUAUGACAAUGUUAUUUGUACAAGUUGGAAUCCUGAUUAUCUUCAGUUCUCCCAUGGGUGUUUAUAAACUUUAUUCUUCAUUAACUGUGUACACCGAUAAGUCGGUAGAACGUAAAGAAAUAGAGAAUUUUCUGGCUCAAAUUUUUAUCUUAAUGACGUAUUUUAACAACUCGGUAAUGUUUUUUGUUUACACGUUGACCGGACGAAUCUUUCGACAGGAAUUACUUAAAUUAAUAUUCAAAGGGAAAUAA